AUGUCCCGCAGACGUAACGGCGACGGCUCCGUCAGAGGACCCGCGUCGGCGCUUACAAACUUUCUGGCUAGCCUCGGUGUCGAGCCCUCGGCACUGAACAGCAACCCGUAUGCCCCCCGUCAAGACGACAGCACCCCGCAGGCCGGCUCGUCCUCGGGUCCCGGCACGACGCCCAUCCCUGAAGAACCAGAGCAGCAGGAUGAGGACAUCGACUCGGACGACCUGGACGAGGCGCCGCGCCGUCCAGCCAAACGUGCGCGCGUCGCCAGUGUCGAUUCAGACGACCUGGAUGCCGACUCGCCGAGCGCAGCUACCGCCAGCGGCAGCGCCACGCCUGCGAGUAACGGUCUCGCGCCCGGUGCGCGUGUGCGUGCCUCUGCACUCAAGGCUGUUGGCGAGUUUAUGGCCUGUGGCGAAUGCGGCAAGACGUUCACGGUGACCGCGUACACCAAGGAACACCCUUUGCGCUCGCGCACGUGGCUGUGUGUGCAGUGCUGUCCCAAGCUGGGCGUGGACGCGUUCGCCAAGCCCAAAAAGGCCUCUGCGACCAAAAAGCCCGUUCCCAAGAAGGCUGAACGCGGCAAGAUUGUCCACUAUGAAGAGACCAAGGGCGCCAUCCCGCUCGGAGACAUUUGCAUCAAGCUCAUCGGCGAACACAUUGACGACGUCGAGUCGCUGGGCGACAUUGGCGCCUUCAACCUCGACCAAGUGUGCCAGAUCAUCUGCAAGAACCGCGUCCUCACGCCCGAGAAUGCAAAGCUGUUCUACUCGACCGACCGCCAGGACCUGGCCAUUUAUGACUGCACCAACCUCGUCCACGAAUCCUACCUUGCUCUAGCCAACCUGUGCCCCAACCUCGUCUCUCUCAACCUCCAGAUGUGUGGCCAGAUCUCCACCGACACACUCAAGGCGUGGGGCAAGUCGCUCAAGCACCUCAAGAACCUCGAGCUCAACGGCCCCUUCCUCAUCCGCAAAGAGGGCUGGGUCGACUUUAUCAACGCACGCGGUACCCACCUCGAGUCACUGCGCAUCACCCAGUCGCCCCGCAUCGACCUCGAGACGAUCGAGCUGCUGGUGAAGAAGUGCAAGAACCUCAAGUGCCUGCAGCUGUCGGAAGUGGGCCAGCUCAACUCGGAUUUCCUCGCGCCACUGAGCAAGCUCUCCAAGCUCGAGUCCCUCGCCAUCACGUGUCCCGGAGACAAGCUUGUCGUGGAGGACGGCGACGGCACGCCCGUCUCGGACGAGGCUGUUGAGGAGCUCCUGGCCAAAAUCGGCGGCCACCUGACCUCGCUCGACUUGAGCGACAACAGGGAACUGACCGACGCGUCGCUCGCGUCCAUUGGCAAACACUGCAAGCGCCUCUCGUCCUUGUGCCUCCGCCACAACGAUCUCUCAGACGACGGCGUGGCCGCCUUCUUCAAGGGUCUGGAAGCCGUCAAGCGGCCCGGAUUCAAGCACCUCGACUUUGAAAAGGGCCACGACCUGUCCAGCGCCGCGCUCGACGCCAUCGUGUCCCACAGCGGCCAGACGCUCGAGUACCUGUCCAUUCUGGGCUGGCGCACCGUGUCGGCCGACGCCGUCUCCCUCCUGGCUGGGUGCAAGCGCCUGCAGUUCCUUGACCUGGGUUGGUGUCGCAACGUGACCGACUUCACCGUCAAGGACGUCCUCGACGGGUGUGACGCUAUCAAGACCGUCCGCGUUUGGGGCUGCAACCAGCUCACGGACCGCGUGCCGCGCAAGCGUGGAGUCAAGGUCGUCGGCAUUGAGACUCACGCCAUUUAG